GGUUAUAUUCAAGAAAACACAGACUUUAGUAUUGUGCACGUUCUCGAGUUGGUUGCUCACAAAUCUUAUCAUGCAGAAGAAGCUAUUUUCAGUGUUGUUAAUGUGACCAUCGCCGGAUUUCAGAUUUGAAGGGUGCCGCGAGUACGGUUUCGAUCCUGCGCUCUUCGCUUUUUCGAGGCGUUCGAUCAGGCCACGAGACAUCCAUUUUGACAGUACGACAGCAAGAUCGUGUAGAACACGUGCAACAGCCAUACGUCUAUUUUCGUUGGUUAUCAAGAGGCGUAUGAAUUUCACGUUACAGUUGUGCAGGAGAUAAUACAUAUACACUUCCUUACGUUAUCUCACAUAGAGUAUCUUUAAGAGUACGGCGUGGGCGCGGCGCAUCAUGGCGGUGGAAUCAAGAUGGAUGCCAUGUCAGUUGAAAAUUGAAACGAAUAUCUGCAGCGGCGAAUACGAUGGCAUUAUUCUGGUGUCAGGAAGUACCCCUGGAUCCGACGAGCCGGAACCCUUCAAAACCGUCCUCUAUACCGCGGCCCAGAUCGAUGCUGCACUGGGCGUGAUCGGCGCGGUUUUGCCCAUCAAUUUGCUCGCAAAAAGGCUCAUUUACAGUCCAACGGGUCCGCUUAACAUGGAUUAUCACGAUGUGCGGAGUUUCGCAGAGGCAGCCACGAAGGGAAUAAAACGGGCUUUAAAAGCUGGGGUAAAAUGUCCUUUGUUAGUACUACUGCCAGAUGAUCGUUUUGAGAACGUUGAGCUAGUCACGCUUCUUGGUGCUUUGGAAGGUCUCUAUGUGCCUUUGGAAGUGCGUGAGAUAGGUCCGGAUCGAUGCUACAAAGCGUGUCAACUCGGAGUGUGGAGUCCGAUUUGUAGUAAAAAGCUUCAGGGUAUCGUGAAACUUGCCUCGGCGCUCGAGAGUGGCAGAUACGUCGCAAGGGACAUCGGUGGUGCAGACCCCGAAAGAAUGACUCCCUUGAGAGUAGAGGAAUAUCUGGCGGAGUUGUUUUGCGGAUCGAAUGUCUCGAUGCAAGUGAUAUCCGAUCAGGAUACGCUACUUCAGGAAUACCCACUAUUCGCUUGUGUAAAUCGUGCUGCCUCAGUAAUACCGCGUCACGCCGGUAGAAUUAUAUUUUUGACUUAUGAGCCACCCGCUUGCUUGGAGACUAUCUUGAUCGUGGGGAAAGGUGUCACUUAUGACACCGGUGGCACCGACAUCAAGUGCCAAGGCAUCAUGUUUGGCAUGUCAAGGGACAAAUGUGGCGCGGCCGCUUGUGCCGGAUUCAUGCAGGUAGUAAAUUUAUUGCAACCACCAACUAUAAAGGUCGUCGUCGCUUUGUGCGUUGUAAGAAAUAGCAUAGGCGAGAACUCUUACGUCGCUGAUGAGGUAAUCACGGCAAAAUCCGGUGCAAGGAUACGCGUGGGCAACACGGACGCCGAGGGUAGAAUGGCUAUGGCCGAUGCUCUCUUUUAUCUCAAAGAAAUGGCCCUAUGUUCUGUGAAUCCGCAUCUCUUUACAAUAGCUACAUUAACAGGCCACGCAGUAUUAACUGCAGGUUUAGGAUAUUCCAUUGCUAUGGAUAAUGCUGUGGCACGACUAACUAGUAAUGCAGAAAAGCUUCAAGCUUCCGGCGAAGUUGUUGGCGAUCCAUUCGAAAUAUCGCGAAUACGUAGAGAGGACUUUCUUACUCAUCAAGGACGUGCGGAAGGUGAUAAUAUUCUUCAAGCACUAAAUCAACUUAGUUCCAAAAUUCCACGAGGUCAUCAGGGACCAGCCGCUUUUCUAAUUAAGGCUUCCGGAUUAGACAAGCAUGGUAAUGAAUCAAAGGAACCAUUAAAAUAUUGUCAUCUGGACAUAGCCGGCAGUGCCGGUGAUUUUCCCGUACAACCAACCGGAUCGCCAAUUUUAGCAUUAGCCAAAAUGUUUCUUUUUGAUAAAAUAGAGACCAAAAAUCCGUAAUGCUGAUAUAAACUGCAAUAUUUUAUGUAUCAUACAUAUCUUUAUACAUAUUAUAUAUAUAUAUAUCAUACAUAUCCUUAUGCCGUAUAACUAAAGCAAUUAAUAUUCAUGACUGGCGCAAAGAACCUUGGAUAUUAACCGGAAAUGCAAAUAAUAAUUAAUCAUCUCUAUAAAUCCUUGAACCUCAGAGUUCCCAUAAGCUGUACAACACGGAUUUACUUGGAACACAAUAAACUGCAUUAGAGUCACUAUGUAGAUAAAGUAACGGAUUUGCCAAUAGGCAUUUAUCUAAGACGGCAAAAUUUUAGAAGCGACAAAUUUUUAAGAUAUCUUUUC